AUGGCUCGGCUUCCUUCCCGGGGCAAGAAGCUGGCAGCAGCUGCCGCACGGGGAGCCGGCCCGGCCUCCAAACUACAGCCGGCGAAGGUGGGCAAAGCAGCCGCUCUUGUAGCACCGGCGUGCCCGCCAGGCUGUGCCGUGGUGUCAGCAGAUCUUCUUCAUCAUCUUCAGCAAGAGGUUGGAGUAAAGGCAACAGCACCGCAUGAGCCGAAAUACGAAGCUCGCCAUGAGCUGAAUAGCCGGCCUGAGCCCAGCAAGGCACAAGCUCGCCCAAAGCGCCAGAAGGACCCAGGCAGCCAAGAGGUCCUGCCCUUGAAAGCCGCAGCCGUCCUCCAUGAUGAGGUUCCACCACCACCGGGCGCCCACCAUGCCGGUGUUGGCACCGUGCAGGCUGUGGAGGAGGGCACGCAGACGUCCUUUGAGGAGAACAAGGCGGGCGCACCACCUCCCAGACCGCAAGCUGCGCCACAAGCUGGACCGCUGCCCACUUCGGCUCGAGAGGGCAUCGAGAUGCGACCGACCUUGAAUGUAAACAGGCACCGUGUGGACGGCGUGACUGAGGCCACUCCCUUGCAGCAUGAUGGUAUGCUGGCGCCUCGCCAGGCGGCGGUGGCAGCACCAGCAGCAGUAGCUCAGCCUCAGCCCGUGGAGACUUCGCAAAACUAUGGACGGUGCGAUCCUUUUCACUUGGAUAGGAUUACCGCCGAGAAAGAACGUGAUCGCAAGAGGGUCCAGGCCCAAAUGCUCGCGGAGCAGAUUCAGGAGCCGAAGUUCCAGGGCUCUGGAAAUCGUAGACAAAUCACGGAUAUCUACCAUGCCAAUCAUGAGGUGUGGAAGAAAGCAUGGCUAGGUGUCUCUUUCAGGGAACCACAACCGGGCACAAAGCAGUUCGAGGUGAAGGCUCCGAACACAGUCAUCGUCAUAACACCCAAUAUCUUCAAGAACGACGUCGUCAGGGAAGCGUAUGAGGCAGCAGCCACGACGAAGAAAAAUGUGGUCUUUCUUCACCACAUAGCGUCUGGCUGCAACCUCAACGAGGAGGCUGAGCAGGCGCCCGAGGAGUUGAAGAAGUCAGUGGACAAGAUUUUCAAAGACAAGAGAUAUGUGAUCUAUACCGAGGAUCUCAGCGAAGAGUGCAAUGACAUGCUCAUGGAGAAACUGAAUCUGCGAAAUGCAGACGAGAUGAAGGCUGCCUACGAAAAGCGCGCCUUUCGCCGCAACAUUGAUAUCAUGAAGUACAGCGCCAAAGUUGCCAAGGCACGCACACAAGCGGGAGUCAAGCGAAAGUACGACCUCUGCAUCACAGCAGCCAAUGUUGAGCAUAGUCCCGAUGGCAUGCCCGUGGUUGACCGCUUGUUCACGACAAUGUCAAAGCUGGCACCGGCGCUCACCAUCGGCCGAAACUACGGUGACAAGGUUUCCAAUGCCGAUGUGAGACAUUCCUUCAACAUUGUCGUUGUCCUGACCAAGGACGCGCUCACCUGCCCAGACUUGAUGGGCGAGCUCAAGUCUGCUUUGGAAGCUGAAGCGAGCAUUCUCAUAGUCCACGAUCUCUUGAGUUGUCCAGACCUCAAGGCCGAGAUCGAAAAAUGCGAGGACAAGGUGGUCGCAUCAAGCUUGAUGCGCUCUGCGAGAUUCGUCUACAUGUCAGAGGUCGUCACCAGCGUUGUGCUUGGAAUCUUGUCGCCCGGCACGAUCAAGACGGAUGACGCAAAGUCUCCGCGAACAAAGCAGGCAUUGUCCUCCGGAGGUGGGAAGCAGUUCCGGCUGGAGUACAAGAACUGCUUCGCUCUGGACCUGGCCAAAGAUGGUACGGGACAGGUUUACAACACCAAGUUCAGCGACAAGAAAAAAGACUUGCCGGGCGACAUCGACUCGGCCAUCAAAGCCCUGUUCGAGUUGUAUGAUCCGGCCAAGAAGGGAAGCAUUGGCUGGCCGCAGUUUGCGGAAGUCGAUCGCAUCGUGACGGAAUGCUUGGGUGGCCAGUACGAGGAGAUGAUCUCUCGCAGAGCCUUCUCCAUGAUGAACUAUCCAGGGCUCACCCUGGAGUCGGAGAUCUCCUUCACCACCUUCCACAACUACCAUGCCUUCGUUGCGAAGCAGAUGGGUGCGUUGGAAGGUGACAGAGAUUCCAGCAUGCACUACAAGUACAUUGUGGACAAGGUGAAGAACUCCAAAAAGGGCAAGCGCUUCUUGAAGCUCUUCGACCUGUACAUCGUCCAUGAUGAAAGCAAAGAGUCCAUUGCCUUCGCCAAAGCGCUCAAGGUGUCCAUCAAAGAUCACACGCCCAAUGUUCGCACUGCAGUCUGCAACGAGAAGGUUCCCGGAAAGGAGGACAUGCAGCGCACGCAGAUUGCAGCGCAAAGUCUGAACGUUCUGAUUCUGCUCCAGGAAGACUGCCUACUAAAGGAGGAAGUGGCCAAAGAUGUCGUCGCUGGAGCAAACGAGGGCGCCCAAAUCCUGGUCUUGGUGAACAUGGAGAACAGCCCGAUCCUGGAGAAGGAAAGGAAGAAGGCGACUCCAGAGGUCCAGACGGCCAUGUCAAGACCUCCCGUUGUGGAGUACUGGAAGGGCAGCGACCAGGCAUGCUGCGUCAAGCUUCUAGACCUGAUGUCCUUUCCCAUCGAUGCGAACGCGAAGCGGCCACUGCCGAACAAGAAAGCGACCUUCCGGCAGAAAGAAAAUCCGGUGGUGCUUUUCCUGUACCAGCAGUGCGAGGAGGAUGCGGUCGCUUCUCAGGCCAUGACCGCCUUAGCAAACUUGGUCAGUCCAAUCAGCAAAAGUGGUGACUUGACCAGGGCCGAGUUUCUGCGAGAUGGAGGCUGCGAUGUUCUCCAGGAGCGUUUCUCCUCGUUCCUCUCAGUCGCCGCUGUCGCAGAGCCUGCUGCACGAUGUGUGGCGAACUUGGCAAUGUACCCGCCUUGUGCCCGAAGGAUGGCCGAACUGGGUACCGUCAAGACGCUCAUCGAAGCAAUGCAGGCCCAUGUGGACUCGCCCAACCUACAGGGAGAUGCAUGCUGCGCGAUUGUGAACAUUGCCCAAGAUGACGUUGGCAAGAAGAAGGUCAACGAACUAGGUGGGUUCCAGCAAAUGCUGCAAUCGCAGAAGAGGUUUGAGUACAAUGCUGAUUUCUGGGACAUGCGCUGGGGCAUGAAAGAGCUUGCCGAAGGGGACACUGUCAUGGUCAAUUACCACGGCAAGGGACGCUGGGUCACAGGAACCAUCACGCGAGUCAACAAGGGCAACGGCGCUUAUGAUGUUGAUUACAUGCACGGUGGCAACGACCGCAAGGUGCCCACGAACUUGGUCCGACCCAAAGACAAGUCAGACAUGAUCGACGAGUUCGUAGCCGUUUGGCAGUGGAAGCCGGAGGGUAAGCUUACGGAAGACGAGCUAACUCUGAAGGCCGACGGAUUCUUGUUCCUGAAGCGAGAAGGCCAGGCUGCUGCAGGAACCUGGAACGUUGCAGAGCCCAAGGGCGGAGGCCGGAACUUGGUGAAGAUCAAGCUCUCCGUGCCUUUCUCAUCCAUUGAGAUGGAGCGAAUCUCCUUGACCACUCUUCGCUCGACAAGUGGGCCGCAGAGGGCAGUCCUCAAGGACUCUUUGGAUGAUUGCCUCUACGUGGAGUACUUCGAGUUCCCGGAGGGCCUGGCGGAUUUCAAGAAGCCGCCACCUCUCCUCGGCCGGAAACCGGACAUCUCCCGGUCGGAGCAGCAGAUCGAUUGGGUCAAGACCGACGCGCCGUGGACGGGGCUGCCGGCCAACUUCAACACAAACUUUGCUGCAAGGUGGAAGGGCGUCGUCGAAAUCACCAAGAUGGGUGACUACCAGUUGAAGCUGGAAGCUGCGACCAGCUCCGUCUUGAGGCUCAACGACAAAGUGGUCAUCGACGGGUCCGGAGAAUGGCAGGGGAAGCUCUUGGGAGGCCCCAAUCGAAUCACAAUGGAUUUCUUCUCCAACGAGGCUUCCAAGUUCGUCCAGCUGUCGUAUUGCGGGCCAGACACGGGAGACGAAUGGACCAUUAUGCCCGUGGCAGUGCUACAGCACGAGGCUUGCAGGCACGAAGUGGUCCCAAAGCCAGGUUUCAUCGCAGAGUACUUCCCCGAGGCCUAUGAGGAUCGCGUCAUCCCAGGUGGCAUUGACCCAGACAUUGUUCGAACGGAGAAGCAGCUUGACUUCGAGGAGGUGGAGGGUGAGUGGCAAGGCCUUCCGAAGCGUUAUGCCGGGCCCUUCACAGCCCGCUUCACAACGUACAUCAAUGUCACGUGUGGCGAUGCCAAGAAGGCCAAGUAUCAGUUCAUGCUGGAAUCGGGAGAGAAGGCGAUCCUGUACAUCAACGACAAACAGGUGUCCACGGAGGACAAGCCUGUGGACAUCGAACUGAAGAAAGGUCAGCACCUUGUUCGUGUUGAGUACUUCUGCAACACGAAAGAGACGCACGGCCUCAAGCUCUUCUAUCGCGGGCCCGAAACGAUGCCAAAAGUGGAGGACGGAGAGGAGAUGCCCGAGGGUGCUGGCAAGAUCCUCGUCCCACCGACAGCCACGUGCUACUAUGCGCUGCCUUCCUGUGCUCAGCCGAAGGGAGAGCCGCUCAUGAAGCACGACAAGGCUGUUCACACGGUGCUCUGGUCAGAAGACGACUCUCGCAUCGCAUCCGUGGGCGGUGCCGGCAAGAUUCACUUCUGGGAUCCACCGACAGGACGGUAUGUGGACAGUACCGAUGUCGGUGGUAAGAUCACGACAGCAGCUGGUGGCAAGGACAAGAUUGUCAGGUGCUCAGUCCGGGGGCUGGGUACAUCAAGGGGCGCAGCAGGUGAAAGCUGCCGAAGCUCACGGCUUUUCUUGUUUGUGCCAGAACAUGUCUGUUUUUGGGGGGUCAAAGGUUGGGGGGGCUGUUACAGGCACCACAGCGCCCGAACCAACUCAAGAAAACUGCAAGGGGGAGUGUCAUUUCAAGAAGGUUUGCUUUUUGUUUGUCCGGCUAUCUUCGCAUGUGCUCAGUGGUCUGGCACCCGACAUAGACAUGCUGCGGAGCACAGUAUUAGACCAGUGCGGAUGAAUCGCUGCAUCAUCCUGCAUUGCAUGCUGAAGGCCUUGGCUAUGGAUGACGAUGAUCGGGCCUCUUGA